CUAAUAUAUAUCAACAAUUUUCUCCAUAGUUUGUAUACUCACCCUCUCAUUUCCCUUAGUCAUCAUGGCUUCUUUAGCACUUGUACUCACUCUUCUCUUUUUGGGUAUCUCAACUUUACAAGCCGAGUACUAUACACCUAGUAAAAAUUAUGUACCUUCUACUACUAAAAAAACCAUGAAUGUAAUCGAUUCUUGUUGGCGUACCAAGUCAAACUGGGCCAAGAACCGCUACGCAUUAGCUGAUUGUGCUGUCGGCUACGGCAAAGCGGCUAUCGGAGGGAAAAAUGGUGCGAUAUACGUCGUUACUAAUCCGUCGGAUGACCCGGUAAACCCUAGACCGGGUACACUAAGGUAUGGUGCAAUCCAAUCCAAACCACUAUGGAUUAUUUUCUCCAAGGACAUGAUUAUAACACUAAAGAAUGAACUUAUGAUCAAUAGUUACAAGACUAUAGAUGGAAGGGGUGCAAAAGUGGAAAUUGCAUAUGGACCUUGUAUAACAAUUCAACAUGUUAGUCAUGUGAUUAUACAUGGGAUUAGCAUCCAUGAUUGUAAGCCGGGGAAAAAGGGCAUCGUCCGGGAUAGUCCGGUGCAUGCCGGCCAUCGUAACGGUGCCGACGGAGAUGGCAUUGAUAUAUUUCAAUCGACUAAUGUUUGGAUCGACCAUUGUUAUCUUGCACGUUGCACCGAUGGACUUAUUGACGUUAUUCAUGCUUCUACUGCAGUUACCAUUUCCAACAACUACUUCACUCAGCAUGAUAAAGUUAUGUUAUUUGGGCACAAUGAUAACAAUGUAGAAGACAAGGUUAUGAAAGUCACGGUAGCCUUCAACUACUUUGGCCCUGGUUUAAUUGAAAGAAUGCCAAGAGUGAGGCUAGGUUACGCUCAUGUGGCCAACAACCGGUAUGAAAAAUGGUUGAUGUAUGCUAUUGGUGGAAGUGCUAAUCCAACCAUCUUUAGUGAAGGAAAUUAUUUCUUGGCAUCUAAAUCCACACAAGUUACAAAGAGGGAAGUUAAGAAUGGAUGGAAGAGUUGGAAGUGGAGGUCUUCAAGGGAUAAAUUCUUGAAUGGAGCCUAUUUUAUACCAUCUGGUUAUGGGACUACUAAUCCAUAUUACUCAAAGGCUCAAUCAUUUCCUGUGGCUGAUGGAUCUAUGGUUCCUUCUUUAACUGGUGAUGCUGGACCUUUGCGUUGUACUACCUAUAAAUGUUAACCUUUUUUUUUUUGGCCUGGAGUGCACAAUUGUUUGUGUUAUUUAUGCACUAAUUUUAUUUUAUUUACUUCUACCAAAUGGGAAGUCUUAAAAAUCAGAAUCCCUGAGAAUGAGAUGAGUACUGUGUUGAGAUCCAUUUUGGAUAUGGUAUUGAUCAUUAAAAAAACUUUCAUGUAAAUAUAUGAGUAGUAUAUAUAGUUGGAAAGAUCUAUUCAAUUGCUCUUUCCCUUUUUUGCUUAAGUUGAAUAAAUAAAUUAUAUUCGCAAGUCUGUACUGUUAGUCACUA